AUGGCGGACCCAGCCAUUUACGACUUCCUGAGCCAAACAACAACGGAUCCAAAACCUUCGAGAAAGUCCCAAUCCCAAUACUCUUCGUCUCGCAUUUUCCCAUGCCUUUAUUGCCCUCGCAAAUUCUACACUUCCCAAGCACUAGGCGGCCACCAGAACGCCCACAAGCGCGAGAGAGCCGCCUCUCGCAAGCCCUUCCACUCCGAUCUCCUCCACUUCCCUCCCCACCAUAUCCUCAACUCGCCGCCGCCGCCGCCGCCGUCGGCCUCGCCGGCCAUGGCGGCUUCUUUUCUCGACGAGCAUUGGCAGCUCGGCCACCAGAACCACCACCGCGCCGCCCUCUCCUCCGCCUCGACGCCGGAAGACGCUCUCUCCCCCAACGCCGACGCCGUCGAAAACGUCACCAUCGAUCUCACUCUUCGCCUAUAA